UAAUAACCGACCAUAAACAAAGCACAGGAUGAAGGUUAAUAUUCUUCUUAUGGGGGAAAAUAAAUGUGAUUUUUCUCCAUUUAAUAUAAGAAAAAGAAGAUAUUAGAAGACAUUGUGAAGAUUGGCUCUUCUAAAGCCUCGAUGACCCUUACUCACGCCACAUUAAUUCUCCCGUUUCAACCAGAGUGCAUCAUUCCCUUGUGUAUUUUUAUGGUACGAUGAUUGAUACAGUGUUCCCUUCCUGCACUAAAUGAUGUUGAAGACCACCACUACAAGGAUGGCUGAUGGAAGGGAAUUAUAUUAACAAGUGUCUCUCUAACUCGUAUUUUUGUUAGGCUGGACAAGAUAUGAGAUUAUGGGACAAACUGAACCAUAUUGUGGACGCCUCACCACAAACAGCUGUCAGGACAAUGUGACUAAUAUUAAGAUAGCAGCGUAAACAGUGUAACCAUAGUGGAAGAUAAAUUUGGUGAAGGACUCUUAAUAUUUACUGUUGUAGUGACAAUAUUUGCAUCUGUAUUUUAUUCUGGAAACAUGAACUGAAAAUUUUCUUAUAACAAUUGCCAUUUUUACAGGAAUUUGAUAUACUGUAAUUGGUUUACCAUAGUAACAUAUUAUAUACAGUAUAUGGUCCCCUCUGUGGUGAAUAAAAUUGUCUGACAUUAACCAAAAACAGAAUAUUCAAAGUGGCAUCCUCGUAGUGAAGGGGUGAACUGGAGAUAUUAUUGACUUGUAUUUAAUAACUACAGGAGUGAAUUCAGAACACAAAUACAGACGUCAUAUCACUUAAUUUGAAGCAAAAUAUUAACAAAAAUUACCAGUAUGUUCAGUAGACUUUGCCUCAGUGAGACUGAUGAGGAGACAUGUGAUUUACUUCCUAAGAUGGAGGAUAACUCUGAGUGUGGUAAGACUGAUCCUGUAAUUAAGGCAGAAAAAACACUGGACGUGGAGGGACAGCCUUCACUCAACUGUUCUGAUGAGUUACAGGAACAGUCGGAGUCCGUGAAUGUUAUUGGUAAUCCCGACUCGACCUCUGUGCCAAUAGACGGUGGUUUUGUGGAACAAGUUAUAGAGCCCAAACCAGGCAGCUUCGGGGAGCCCAAUCCACGCAGCUUCAGGGAGCCCACGAGCAGGUCGUAUAGGUGUGACGAAUGCAAUGUUAGUUUCAGUCGCUACACCCUCCUGGUCGCCCACAACAGGAAGCACAAGGAAGGUCCGCCGUACUUUUGUGACGACUGCAGCCAAAGUUUCGACAUUGAAGACGAUUGGUUGGACCACAGAGAAGUAGGUUGUGCGGUAAAAAAUACCACGAGAAUACACACCAACAAGAGGCAUCGGUGCACGUAUUAUGGCACGAGGCAGAACAAGACAUACGACGGGAAGUCUGAGGGGAAGCGGUACUGCUGUCACCAUUGCAGGAAAUUGUUCAAGACCAUCGGGGCGAGGAAUGACCACGUGAGGAACCUCCAUAAAGGCUUAAGACCACACAGGUGUGACCAAUGUGACAAACAAUUCUACAGGAAGUUUAAUCUUGCCGUACACAAGAGAAAACACAGCUCUGAUCGUCCACACGAGUGCAAGAUAUGCCAUAAAAGGUUUAAAUCCUCCGUCAGUGUUAAGAUACACAUGGAAAUACAUUCAGACAAGAGACCGUUCAUGUGUGAAAAUUGUGGGAAGGUUUUUAAGACGCUGUCGGUGCUUGAGAGUCACCGCACCAUACACACCGGGGAGACAAAGUUCAAGUGUAACAUGUGUGGGAAGUCUUACCGGUACCGUGCGUCGCUGUUCGUCCACAUGCGCACACACACGGGACAACGGCCCUAUAGCUGCAACCACUGUACUGCCUCGUUCAUGGUGAAGAGUCAUCUCACCGAACACUUGAGAAUCCACACGGGAGAACGACCCUUCGAGUGCGAGUUCUGUGAGGCGUGUUUUUCGAGGUCCAUCAGCCUGAAGAAACACCUCAAGUCCCACAUACGAGCAGGAUUCGAUUUAAAUUUAGACUCGGCGAUGUACCACGCAAAGCUACAGGCUCGCAUCACGCCCAAAGACCCCCACAUCUCACCCGACCACCAACACCAAUUCAUCCCGAAGGUCUGUCACUAUAUUAAGGACGAGAUAUUUGCGAGUGAAGAGGGGAGUAGUACAAUACACGAAACUCGUAAAGAAAGUCUAACAUUGUACACCAAACCGCCUAUUGAUGGAGAGCCUCUUGUGGUCGUGACAAUAACGGGCGUCGGAGAUGGGACCAACUGUGUCCACCAAAUCAACAAAGUUCGCAGAGAAAACAGAGCAUCAGCUAAAACUAGUACCGUUAAGAUCGAGGCUGUGGAGGAAGCCAGCGGUAUUUUACAAGGUCAGGAAUUUGUAUUUGUGGACAACCUUAAGGGGAAUGGGACAUUCCAGUUCACGGAUCUAACUCCAGUCAGUAAUAACCGAGAGAAUGAUGAUAAUUUACCCGUGAUUUACAUAACCGAUUAUGAUACGUCUAACGAGAACGAUGCACCUCAACCUAUAGUUCUCGGUCAAAUGUCAAUAGAUUCUGGCCUGUGUAGAGAGUGGACGAUUCCCCAGAGUGUUAUAACGGAUACAGAACUCAAAGUUGGUCGCACUAGCGGUAUCAAAGCGUCAAAUACACAAGUAAAUGAUCCGCAGUCGUGUUGGCUUAAGUCAGAGAGACGAGAGAGUGUUGCUAUUUCCUCCGACGUGAAGGGAGAAUGUGUCGAUACGGAUUACCGCGACAAGAUCGACGGCACGAGUUUUAAUCAAACGUCCGUCAAGAACGAGGAAGAUGUACUCACGGAUAACAAAAUUAAAAGUCUGUUGUUAAACCGGGAUAUAUCCGCCGGCUGUGACCUAAACCCUGGUGAAGUGGAUAAGCAGUCGGAUACCAGUCUAAUACUCGCUCAGCUGGAGGAAUCUGAAACCGUUCCAUCGACCAAGACAAAGAUUAAAUACUCCAAGAGACGUAGACUACCCCUCAGGAAAUGUCGGUACUGCGACCUGUCGUACAGGUACGUGGCUCUUCUCGAGGCACACGAAGCCAGGCAUGAAGUGAGAGAGGAGAAGCCGAUGAUGGAAACAAAUGAGGACGAAUCUGAGUUAAUUAAUAAAUAUAUACCCAUAACCCCGACCACUGGGGAAGAUCUGCCAUACAAGUGUGAUCAGUGUAGUUGUUCUUUUUCAUUUAGGAGUGAACUUAGAAAUCAUGUCAAAUUACAUUCAAAUAAAUAUCACUAUACAUGUAAGAACUGUCAUCAGGCUUUCCAACAGGAGAUAUUUUUAGCUAAGCAUCAGUGUGGACGAGCUCAUGGUAGUGGUGGCAGUGUUCCCGUUGUCGCCCAGAACAGCCACAUGACACCAGCCGUUCCCGGAAGAACGAAGAACAAACCUGACUCUGGAUUAAACCACAAGUGUGAUAAAUGUGGGGAAAUAUUCCACAAGGAGUUCAUACUUAAAGUCCACUAUAGAAAACACACUGGCAAGAGGCCAUAUAAAUGCACAGAUUGCAAUAAAAUAUUCAUCUCUGCCACACACCAUAAAGUUCACAGAAGAAUACAUACCGGCGAGCGACCGUAUGUGUGUGCAAAGUGUCAAAGAACAUUCAGACGCAGAACAGUACACGACCAUCACGUUGAGGCGUGUGAAGCAGCAGUGAGGUCGGGUAGGGACGAUACCCAGACCGAUGAAGCAAACAGUGCGACUGUGUGUGAAAAUAUCCCCGACUUGAGAACAGGCGAGACAGUCAACUUAGAAAACAUGAAUUCUUUUUUGGAAAUCACCAAGGAGGAAUCUAAAGAGGAGCUCAUUGAUCCUGAGCCUCAAGAAACGGAACAAAAAUCCCAUAUUGAAACUGAAGAUCGAACUAACACUGCAGAGGUUAAGGAAGAUAGAGAUGAAACACAUUUAAGUGAAGUAAUAGGAGACGAUGGUGUUAAAGAUAUGUCGGAUAAAUUACAGACAGAGAAAGUGAUCUCGGGGGAGUUUCAGAUGUUCGAGUCAUUGGAAGCCGCGACGGGAGGACACGUUAAAACGCCUCCUCGAGACUUUCAGAAACGCAGAAGAAAAUUACAGGGACCACACGGGUGUACACACUGUCCCAAGUCGUUCAAGUAUCUCAGCACUCUACACGCCCACGAGAGAAGCCACACGGGAGAGAAGCCAUUUUCUUGUACAGAGUGUGGGAAGACGUUUUCCAAGAAGAGCAACAUGGUGAUCCACAUGAGGAUACACACGGGUGAACGUCCAUUCCUGUGCGACUACUGCGGGAAAUACUUCACUAAUAAAUACACCUUAAUUGCCCACAAACGCCUCCACACCCAAGAACGGCCGUUUCCAUGCAGCAUCUGCGGGAAGACUUUCCGGUACGAGGCCAGCAGACACGUACACCUCAAGAGACAUGCGGGCAACAGGGCACACAAGUGCGACCUCUGUCCAAAAGCUUUCGUGGCCAAGGGCGACUUGGACGACCACCGCAGGACACACACCGGCGAGAGACCCUACAAAUGCGAUCACUGCGACCGUAGAUUCACCGCCCGACACCACCUGACGGAACACAGGAGACUACACACGGGCGAGAAGCCUUUCAAGUGUCGCUUUUGUCCGAUGACUUUCGCUCGAUCUGGUACUUGUAAAAUGCACGUCCAGAGACAUUUAAAGACGCCAAGACAACAAAUUUUAUGAAGCCAUUUUUCCAGACCAUGAAACUCUUGUACUAAAUAACCAUAUCCUUUAUAUUAAGUUACAAUGUUCUUUUUUUUAGUUAAUAAUAAUAAUAAUAUGUUUUUGUAUAAAGGAAAAACUGUGUUGUAUCAAUAAAGAAAAGAAAGAAUUA